UUUUACUUUUAUAUCAACUUUUUUUUUUCAAGCUAUGAGUUUUGAUAUCUGAACGUGCGCAUCUUGAGACACGGGAAAAACAUGAAAUCUGUGUAAAGAAACCAAAUGAAACAUCAAAACAAAUUUGGUUUUGGUUUUCCGACAAUACUGUCAAAUACGACACAGCUAUACCUUUCUUCAUUUCCGCCUUAGUUCAAAACACUACUACUUCAACAUUUUUUUAAAUCGGAACUUACAAUUCUUCAAGCGGGAAUUACAGUCUCUUCACAAUCUUCACAUGAAUAUUUUUUCUUUACUUAUCCCCUUCUUUUUCUUUAGCAACUAUUAAUUUUAGAAAUUAAUUUUUAUGUUGAUGAAAAAUCUCAUACUCAGAGUCGAUCAGAAGCAUGUAAUAAAUGUAUAGUUUUAUGUUAGAAAAUUAAUAUUCCUAUUCUUUUUUAAUAUGGAUAAUUGCGAAGGGACAUUUGAGAGUGAAGACAAUGAGCUACAAUUUCAGGAAAUAUGUGAAAAAUUGAAAAAGCAUCCAUUUGAGUCACCAUGGAAACAUUGUUUUCCAAAAUUUGAAGAAACAAUUCCAGAAUUCGUCCUUGGUGUGCAUGAUCUGCAUUUUUUGGAAAUAAAUGAAUUCAGUAAUUCUAACCAAGAAUACUCAGAAAAUAAACCUCAUAACGAUACUCAUUGCAAAGACAAUUUUUCCAAAGAAUUUGAAAUACAGUUGUCACUUCUUAAAGAAUCAUUAAUGAAUAUUCAGAAAACUCCAGCAAGUGAGCAUUUAAAUGGAAUCGAGUUAUUGAAUAGUAUAUGCUUAUCUCAGAUGCCUGAAUUUUGCUGUGCAAUUCAAACUGCAUUUUCAAAUGAAACAAUUGUACUAGCAUUCUUGAAUGCAAUUUUGAACCUCAAAAAAUCCUUAAGCUUAUCUAUUGCAAGUGCUUUAGUUAAAUAUAUUAUCUACCCACAGGUUUUCCAAGUAAUGCGAAACAGCUCACGAACUCUCUGGGCUGCUGUAUUGCGAUUUUCAGAAACAUAUCCAAAACCUGUUAUUGAUGAAAUAAUACUACCUUGUUUAAAUAAGCCUUCUUUAGAAACGUUACAAUUGGAAACAUUGCUGAAAAUGGUGAAAAGUAAUCUUCCUAAUGAAUAUGUCAGUUACUGUAUAAAGAAUAUUUUAGAGCAUGCAAUGCAAAUCGACAAUACUUUUUCUAUUCUACAGAAUCUUAUUGAAAGAAAGAUUAACCAUGAAAGCAACUUGUUAGAGAAUCUUACACUGAAAAUUGAGUUUUGGGCUUUAAAUUGCAGGAAAAAUGUCAAAUUUACUAAACUACUUAUCAGUAUUUUAAUUACUUAUGGACCUGAGCUGGACCAGCAGCACAUAAUGGUAUAUGAUGAUGUAAUCAAGAAUAAUGAAACAAUAAUGAAAAGAGCAGCUGAAAACAUAAUAAAGCAACUGAAAACAUAUUUUUCUUUUUUGUGGUCAUUUAUGAGUACACAAAACUUUAUUCUAUGUUUAAUGUAA